GCUCAUCUGUCGGGGCCCAUCAAGUCAAUGGCCUCCCGACGUUCGAACGGCCGUCGCCCUCCAGUCAGAGACAAGAUGAUAAUCUGGCUGCGGGGCCGAACCACGACAGCGACCCUCCCUGGUCUUCCCCAGUGACAACUUAAUGAAUCCCUCCGCAUUUUUUACAUAAAAGAAACCACACCCCGACUUUCCUCCCUGCUCUGCUGGCCCGCGCCCUCCCUCUCCCUCCUCAUUCUCUCCUUUCCCCCAGAGGAAUCGCUCCUCCUAGUCUCGCCACUUCCCCGCGAGCAAGCUUGGCCCGGCCUACCUUGCCCGCCUUUUUACCUAAUCCCCAGUUCUUAUGGUGGAAUUUCCCACACCUAAUCCUUAUUCUUGUUCCUCGAUCGAGUCCUGCCCUCGGCGACGCACGUGGCCGUGACAUCAUUAGCACCGUCCGAUCGAACCAUACCCCGGAUUUACCAAGAUCGCGCAUUUGAGACCCGCAACCGCGAGAAUUGCUGUCAAUAUGUCCUCCUCCAACGAGGAGAUUGGCGUCGAGCCCAAGAAGCAGACGUCUCCGGACGCUGUUUCCAAGCCCGAGGCCGGCACCGUUGACUUCCGCCAGGAGGACUUCUGGACCCGCAAUGGCCUCUCCCUCAAGUCUUUCCAACGGAGGGAGUAUGGCACUGGUAUCGUGGAUCUGGAGCAGAGCAUGAAGGGCAGGCAUCUGCACAUGAUUGCCAUUGGUGGCUCGAUCGGUGCUGGUUUCUUCGUCGGUUCCGGUGGCGCUCUUUCCAAGGGUGGCCCUGGUGCGCUUCUCGUCAACUUCCUGAUUAUCGGUGUCAUGAUGUUCAACGUUGUCUACGCUCUCGGCGAGCUGGCCAUCAUGUACCCUGUUUCUGGCGGCUUCUACACCUACUCUAACCGGUUCAUCGACCCGUCCUGGGGCUUUGCCAUGGGCUGGAACUACGUCUUUCAAUGGGCUAUCGUCCUGCCACUUGAGCUCACAGUUUGCGGUAUCACCAUCCAGUACUGGAACCCGGACAUCAGCGUCGGUGUUUGGAUCGCCGUCUUCUGGCUUGCUAUCGUCAUCGUCAACAUCUUUGGCACGCUCGGCUAUGCCGAGGAGGAGUUUUGGUCUUCGGUUUUCAAGCUGGGGGCAACCAUCGUCUUUCUCGUCAUUGCCUUGGUCCUCGUGCUUGGCGGUGGUCCCAAGAGCGGCCGUUACGGCGAAUACUGGGGUGACCGCCUCUGGCACGAGAGUCCCCCUUUCAAGAACGGUUUCCGCGGCUUUUGCAGUGUUUUCGUCACUGCCGCCUUUGCCUUCAGUGGAACCGAGCUCGUCGGCCUGGCCGCUGCUGAGGCGCGCAACCCCGUCAAGGAGAUGCCCGGCGCCAUCAAGCAGGUGUUCUGGCGUAUUACUCUCUUCUACAUCCUUGGUCUCUUCUUCGUCGGCCUUCUGGUCAGCGCCAACGACCCGCGCCUGCUCGGUGCCAGCUCCCACGAUGUCGCCGCAUCUCCCUUCGUGCUCGUCGGAAAAUAUGCCGGCCUCGUUGGUUUCGAUCACUUUAUGAACAUCACCAUCCUCGUUUCUGUCCUUUCUAUCGGUGUCUCGGCUGUGUACGGUGGAUCGCGUACCCUGACGGCUCUGGCCCAGCAAGGCUACGCCCCCAAAAUUUUCAGCUACAUCGACCGCUCUGGCCGCCCACUCUACAGCGUGGGCAUCAUUAUCGCCUUCGGCCUUCUCGGCUUCGUCAACAUGAACGCCCAGGGUACUGUCGUUUUUAACUGGCUGCUUUCGCUUUCAUCCCUGGCUGCGCUUUUCACCUGGGGCUCGAUUUGCCUGUCGCACAUCCGGUUCCGCAAAGCCUGGGCCCACCACGGUCACACCGUGGACGAGAUCCCAUUCAGGGCCAUCGGCGGCAUUUGGGGCUCCUACAUUGGCUUGACCAUGUGCUUCCUCGUCCUGGCCGCUCAGCUCUUCUCCGCCAUCGCGCCUGCCCCCAAGGAAGGCCAGGAGCCCACGAUUGCUAGCGCUGAGGACUUUUUCUCGGCCUUCCUCGCCUUCUUCGUCGUCAUCUUCUUCUGGAUCGUCGGAUACCUCUGGAAGAGAGAGGGCUGGCUCAGGACGGAGCAGAUCGAUGUCGAUUCGGGCCGCCGCGAGCUCCCCUGGGACGAGAUCCACGCCUACCGUGCCGAGCUGGCGGCCAUGCCCACCUGGAAGCGCAUUUGGCACACCGUUUUUGUUUGAUCCUAUUCGAGCACUAUGGUGGACCAAGUGUGCUGGGUGAUGACACGCGGAGCCGUAUCAAUGCUGUCUCAUCUGAGGAGUGUCAACCUGGGUGCGGCAUGUUUGCCCCCCUGGUUAUGUAUGUCUGGAUUGGAUACCUUUUCUUUGUGAUACCUCUGCCAUGUUACCAGUGCUCAUAAGCUAC